AUGAAGACUGACGGAAGUUCGGAACUACUCGAAAUUUUGAAACGGUAUUACCUGGAAAAAUGGAAACAAAUUCCGAUUGAAUGGUUUCAAAAUUUUACAACUUGGCAUCAAUCGCAGGAAGACGUUGCACAAUACGAAGCAGUGUUACUGCGUUCAGCUGAAUAUGGAAUGAAAUUUUUGAAAACAUGUCCUGCAUUUUCAAUCGUUUUACAAAUUGUUUUCGUAUUUGACGAUGACGUUAUUACUGAAGAUAAUGUAUUUUAUGAUAUUUGGAGCUCAUUCACUAUGUAUGGUUAUGACGCAGCAUUGGAUCAAUCAAAUAAAUAUCUGAUUCCAUCAAUUAAGAAGAAAUAUAACAAUGCAUACGAUAAUGUUUUAUUUUAUGCAUUGUGGGAGUAUUUUCGUGAACCAAUGGUGAAUCUAUAUAAUGAAUGUAAAAUUAAAUUGCGACGAAAUCUUCUCCAUAUUACUUUGAAUUCGUUGGCUAAACUAGGAUGGAAUGGCGGUCUUGAAGAUAAUUGUGUUAUUGAAUUUAUAUUGGAAGUUCAAUAUAAAAACUUAAUAUCUAAACAUAAAAAAUAUCUUAUCGGAAAUCAAUUAUCUAAUAAAACUAUCACAUCCAAAAUACCAUCGAAUUCCGAUACACCUUCAUACGUUCCCAGCUCGAAGUUUGCAGGAAACGGCUGGGAAAUGACUGGAACCUACGUUUGA